UUGUGAGCGAAUCUCUUCAGUCGUUUUUAUUCGUUUGUUGUGUUUGUUUUUUAAUAUUCAAGUAUUUCGAGUUGGUUAAAUUCUGAAAACACUUUGAAUGGAUGCAUCGAUCAAUUGCGAGCACAGUGUCUUCGAGUUGAUCAGCAAACUAGCUGUAUUACUGUUGCAAGAUGAACGCGCCCAAACGGAGCCAACAGAUGCGUAUGCUUUUGUCCCUGCGCCCGCAGCAGUUGCCAAGAGACGCUCAGAAAUCUACGAAUCCCUGCUGCGCCUACGUCCGUAUCAAAUUUGCCCACGCUUGGAUAGGUUUCCGCAAUGCAGGAAACUGCUGGAUGAGCAGCGCAUCUAUUUCGAAGACCAACUGAUUACUGAUAUUCAAUAUUGCCUUGUAAAAGUAUCUAAACCUCCAGAUCUUCAAAAGCAACUAUCCCAGUACCUUCGGUCACAUGAAGCCGACCGAAAUUACAGAUGCAGACUGCUGUUGCCGUUGCCAUUGCGUCUGGAAGCGAAUCCCUUCCCCAGGAGGAUUCACAAUUCUAUAUACGCUUCCCCCGUGAUAUUUAAGUCCAUUGAGGAUCUGCGUUCCCAGUUGCGGCCUGUCCAAUUCUGCCGAAGCACCGACAUUGCGUUGAGUGAUAUUGAAGAGCUGAAAAAGCCCUUCAAAGAUGUCAUGAAAAAUAACUUGUUAUUGCCGACUUUGGGGGACUCAAUGGCCCGUAUGAAGGAAUUCAUUGGAAGUAUCCAGCCUAUGAAAACGAAAUUUCCUAUGCCGCCAAAGCCAAAAGAAAAGCAGCAAAAAACUGAUGCAAAGGCAAAGGAAAAGAUUGGACCUUUUCCUGAUAAAUAUUUCAUAUCUGAUCAGAGCAAAAGUAACGAACUCAAAUGGCAUCAAGAUCGGACAAUCGAGCUGAGUUUCAUCGAACUGUCCGAUUUUAUUGAUCAUUUGAAAAAGGCUUCAGCUGGCCUGCAAUCAGAAACGUUUUUGGAGACGCCCGAUGGACACUUUGAGAUGCGAGCCAAUGCAACCAUCGAGACCGUUCUGCCGGAGGUAUUAGCAGACUAUGCACGUCCUUUUCUAGAAUCCGGCGGUGCAUACCAGCGUCUGCUCGCCUGCACUCAAUGGAAAUCCUACAGCAAAAUUGAACGUCCUAUGAACCGCACUAUGCGCCAAGCCAUUAUAACCUUCCUUGCGAAUAGCAGAUUGUUUUUGUUCUCGCAACCAGCCGAUAAUUUAUCACAGCUCCUGCAUAGUGCUGGUCCCACCAUGCAGCUGCUGGUUCAACUAGAUCAAAUGUUUCAGGCCGAACGAAGGCUGGACAUCUCGCAGGGAACGAGUGGUGCCUGCCUGUUGAGCGUUAUUUGGUCAGCGAUUGAUGCGUGCGUUAAUAUUCAGUACCUGCAAUUUUUAAUGUACCUCUUGCGAUCGUUGUGUGCAACAUACUGUGGUCAGCUGCAGAAUUGGCUCUACCAUGGUGCGCUCGACGAGCACUUCAAUGAGAUUUUCGUUGGCACACAGCGAGAUAUGGAGGAGAAAUCCAAAGAGUAUUUCGACAAGGCGCACUUUGUGCAUCCCAAUAUGGUACCUGGUUUUCUGGCUGGCUGUGAGCCGGCCAUUAUACAGUGUGGCAAGUACAGUCGCUUGCUCAAGAGCUACAAUCCUCAGCACAUGCUAUUCACUGCGAAGCAUCCGGAUUUGGUUAUAUGCCUAUCGCAGAAUCAGUUGACGGAGAUGCAGCAAAAGUUGGAGUUGCACUACAAACAAUUGUUGCAUCAUAUCCAUCCAUUUAGGAUGCAACAUGUGAUCGAGGAACGUGCAGCGAACAGAUGGCGUUUUGGUAAUCGCAUGUGGAGCUGCACUCAAGAACGAAUUGCCGAUUGGAAGGAGAAUCAGCGAGAGUUAUUAAUAAAAGCGAAUGAAGGGAAACGGCGUCGCUACGAGGAGCUCAACAAUCAGCGCAGGGAGCAGGAAGAGAUACGUUUAGAGCAUCGGCGUAUGGAAAUUGCUUGUGAGCUGGCAUUUCAGCAAAAACGUGAACAACAGGAUGAAAAAAAUCUGAGUCGUCAGAAACGUAUCUAUGAAGAACAAAUUGCCGCUUUACAAAAGAUCGUACAACCGAAGGAAAUAAAUGUCGUUGUUAGUAACAGUCCAGAUGACAGCACAAAUAGUUCUCGCAGUUUUGUUUCUUGCUGUGAAGAACUAAGCCCGAAGGAGGAAGAGGCAACAAAAAUAGAAGAGACGCUGACCGAGGAGUCAGAUUCGACAUCGAAUCUCAAGCAUAAGUCAGAAGCCGAUGAAAAACAAACUGACCAGCAGAAUUCGAAUGUUGUAGAAGUUGACAUAGCAGAGACACCAGAGAAGCAGAAUUCGAAUGAUGCAAAUGAUGAAAUGGAGCGCAAUCGUGAGAGAAAUAUGUGCUCGAAGCAGUUUCUGGAUUGUCAAACACAUGUCGAGUUGCAGAAGACUACAACAACAAAUGCCUUGACGGAAUUAGAAUGCAAUCGAUUGCAUGUGCUUAAUUGUACGGAUAUGCAGCCUCCAGAUGUGAACAUGAAUCUCGAGAUCACGGAUUUAAGCGACAUGCAACGCAAUCGUCAGCGAAUGCAACAUCAUCAGCACUUUGGCUCACUUAAUAAUAUUACGAAAUUUCACAGCAAGUCCGAUAAGUCGGACUCAAAUAAGAAACUUCAACUAAGCAUUGACUUGCAAUUGCCAUUGGAGCCACAUAAGUUGUUCGUGGAGCCAGCAUUGGACACAGCAACGCCAAUGUCAACCACAUCGGAUGUCGAUGUUGAGACCUGUAUACCCAACGAAACGGUUGAUGCGGCCAACAAUAAUAUCAAUGGUCAUACAAACUGUGAUAGCGAAGAGGAACCAUUAAUUAAAACACCUAAAAAGUUGAACAACAGUCCUGCUUUGCAGUUAAGAAAACCUGACUUAAGUGCGCCCACUUUUCAGUUGCAAAAAAUAGAUUCUGCUAAUUGUGCCACAUCUAAUCACAGGCAAUUGCCAAGGGAUCAUAAUUCAUUUCUGAUUAAGCGCUAUGUGCAACAGUCGAUAAUGGUGCCACUGAAAACGCACUUGUCUCUUUUGCGUAACGAAGUGCUCCGAAUAUUCGAUGAUCUCGACAUCUAUGAGCAUUUUUGUCAGCUGCGAAACUAUUUCUUUCUACUGGAUGGCGAGUUUGGCACUGUGCUAAUUGGCGGUAUUCUAGAACGUAUUGAAUCUGGCAUGGAUCCGCGUGCAUUACGCAAAAAGGGAACACUGGAUGCUAUUCUCAACAAUGCACUCGGACACAAAGUGGCAGAAGGUUCGGAUGCCGCUGCCUUCUUUGUUGAAAAUCUCAAUUUAAAUUGCGCAAACGCUCCGGAAUCUUUUGAUUUAAUGGAUAUUAAUGCUCUAUCCAUAUUUACGCUACAUAGCAAGAUCGAUUGGCCACUGAAUUUGGUCAUCAGCGUUGAAACUAUGGCCAAAUAUACACAGAUAUUCUCACAUUUGUUAAAGCUUCGUCAUGUCAGCUUUAUGCUUGAGCGCGCCUAUCAACACUUUCAGCAAUUAGGGAAGCUUCAUGGCAAGGCACUCCAAGUGGCGCCUCAGUAUCGUCAUUUGCAAAUGGUGCGUCAUAAAUUGUCGCAUUUUGUGAUCACUCUGCAAAAUCAUCUGGAGACAAAUGCACUCCAGGGCACUUGGGAGACCUUUAAUGAGAAACUCUGCCACGUCGAUUCCGUCGAGGGACUUUACCAGAGACAUGCGGAAUACUUAAAAAAUAUCGCAUUUAUAUCUCUGCUUAAUCGCCGAAGCGUCAAAUUUCGGGAGACCAUUGAUAGUAUUCUUGUGAUUGUGCUACGUUUUUGCAAGGUUCUGCAAUCGAAACCAUUUGUUUUAGACCAAAAUCAAGAAUUUAUUCAUCCGCGAUACAAGCGAUUAGUUUUCGAAGAGACCGAAUUCCAAAAGUUUUUACACUAUGUCAUCUAUCUGGGCGACAAGGUCAAUGCUUCCGGAUAUCAAGAAAAAAUUGUUGAACUAAUACGUAUUAUAAAUUUUAAUAAAUACUAUGAUGUAAAAAGUGCUACAAAUUAAACAAAUGUUUGAAUUUUAAUGCUGUAAUUACACUCAUGUUGCUUAUUAAAGAAUGCAUAAAAAGUAA